GCCCUUUCACCCAAACAAAUAGUAAACAGCACUGUCCCACCUCAGGUCGAACAAGCUGUAAGUCAUCUGUUUGUCUGGAGGGCAGAAUUGUCAAAACUAGACUUUCUGCUUGUCUAGAUAUCCCUGAGGCCAACUUAGAAGCAUCCUAGCUUUGCAGGGACUUUAUUGGCCUCCUUUAGGGGACAUACGUCCUUUUUUGGCGGGCCCGGUUUGGAAUCUUGGGUAGCGCCGUACGAGCGGUCAGCGACGUCUGCCCCUCCACUCUGCGCUAUUUGAGGCAUCGCAGUCAAAUCCAUCUACAGGCUGCAUUUUCGUUGCCAAGUGUCACGCAAGGGGCACGAUCUUCACACGUGACGGGGUGAACAGGUACCUGUGCUGUGAACCAGUCUUGUCACCACCCAGUAAAUUUGCAUCCAUUUGCGUCCCACGAGAUCUACUCCUAGUAACAGUGGUGACUGAGCAACAGCAGUCCCACCACCUGCUCCCCCUCACAUCCAGGCCUGUGCUAAAUAUAGUUCUCGCCUCACUGCAGUGAACUUUGAGUUAGGAGAAUAUCUCACAGCUUGUAUCAGUCAGUAGACAUUCAUGUUACCAUUGUCCAGUAUGGAUGUCAACAUCAUUAUCAUGUGCUUUGCUACUAGUUUAUCUCUUUAGAAUCCCUGAAAUUUGUUCCUGUUGUGGAAAGUAGCAACCUUUCUGUCGCCAUGGCUUUGCCGAUGCUGGCUUAGGGAAAGGUGGUGUGGUGUGAGGGGAGGGUGCUUUGAGCCGUUGCGCGGCUGGGCGGUGCGGAGACCGAUGAAAACCAUGGUCCUGCCGGCCUUGACGGCCCUGAAGACGAGCGGUGUGCAGUCCUGGCUGGGGCAGGAGCUGGAGAUGCGCGGGAUCGACGCCAUGAUCUACACGCGCUACAUUCUCAGCAUCCUGCUCCAGGAGGACGUGGACGAGAUGGCCGAGGUGGACAUCGACGGGGGCUCCGGCUUCGGGCGGAAGAUGGGGUACGUGAAGGUCAAGGGCAAGAAGAAAGGGCGCGUGGACAAAGAGGAGCUGAAGAAAACAGCAGCAGUCCAGUGUCUGCAGUCUGUGUCUGACCAGGAUGCUGGGAUAGAGAGCCUUGUGGAAGAGCUCUGCUAUCGUUUGAAGGAGCUGCAAGCACAGAAGGAAGCCCAGCCUGAUGGGGAGAAGGAGAACGUGAGCCCUGCAGUGGAGGAGGGAGAGAACUCCACUUCCCCUGAGGACCAGGCUCAGAGGUAUUACGAGGCCUUUCCUGCCCUGGGUGACACAGCAGAGCCUGUUCCUGUUGCUGCUGCCCCCACCUGGUGUGCUAAGCCCGAGGGCUCUAGUGUAAGCAGUGGGAAAAACAGUAGCAAAGGCCGGAGCAAGUCAUCGUCUGCUUCCUCCAGCCCUCAACAAAGUGCCACACCCGACAACACCACACCCACCAACAAAGUUUCCCAUGGCAACAGAUAUGGAGCUGCGUCAGGCAGCAGGGUGAGCCGGAAGGGCUGCGGAGUGGGGAAGAGAGACAACGCCUCGGGGUUGAAGGGCGGAGGUCAAGGGGCGAAAGGGAGAGACAGGAAGACAGGCAAGCUGCCAGGACAUACGGCCCGUCGGUCCAAGAAGAGCAGUUCUCCACCUUCGACUAACCACAGGGGGACCCCACCCUUCGUUCUCCCAAAGGUUGGAGCGAAAAGGCGUGCUUUCAGCUCUUCAGCUGCAGACCACAUGAAGAGCCUUCCCCUGUGGUACACUGAGCCUGUGGGAAAGGAGACGGCCGCCAUGCCUGCCAGGAGGAGUGACGGGGACUAUCCCUUCAUGGAGAAGGCCAGUGCCACCGCAGAGAUGAGCUACUGGUACGACGGUCCCAUGUUUGAGGAUUUCUUCGAUGGGGUGGAGACAGGGAGUCGGCUGGAGAUGGGGUACACAUACGGGGACAGUGCAGUGCUUUCCACCGGAGACAAAAUGGUGUCUCCAACUGUAGACAGUCAGGUAGACUGGAGCCAAGAAAGUGACCCUGAUAGAAAAGAGAAGCUCCUGUAUGAUCAGCUAUGUUGCAUAGACUGUAUGCAUAACAGGCAAGCUUUCGAAGGGGAAAAAGGCUGCGAAGUAGAAGGGGACCAAAUGUUUCGGAGAAGGUCGGGGACAAUUGUUGAAAAGUGUGACAGAGAACAUUCACAAAGUGCCAAAGAACAGAGAACUGAUCAUGGAAAUUGUAUAGAACAUUGCCAGAAUGCUGCUAUCAGAACCACAUCACAUCCAGACAUUAGUGUAUCAUUAGAGGAAUGCCAUAGAUCUAUGCAACACACAGACUCUCAUGUAGAAAAACAGUCUAAAAACUUUCCAAACAGAACAGAAGGUGACAACCUGUCGGAGUCUUCGGGCUCAUUGGAAGAUAUAACAGAAGCUGAGUUUGAAGAUAGGUACGGCUCCAAGAUCGCCCCCAUCUGGGGCAGAGAAACCCCAGGGUCAGAGAGUGGCAGUAUUAUAGACACGAGCCAUCUGGGAGACAGGAGCUUGUUCUCUCCCGUGUCAGAGAGAGGAGACUCCUCGGACGCCAAACUGCACAUCUGGAGAAACAGACCCAGAUUAGGGUUCCUGAGUGAACGUGCGUCCCCAGUAGCAAAGGACUCAAACUCCUACAAAGACGGGAAUGCUACAUUCCCUCGUGAUGUCUUCACCUAUGAAGACACGAAGGAGUCGGAUCGCCCUCUGUUGGAGAACAGCAACCGUGCAGAUGGUGAUUUGUUUGUUGUUGCCAGCUGUACAGAUUGCCAGCAGGAGCAGGGCGGACCUGAGAAUGACAGUCCUGAGUUUGGGGCAGUUGGCAAUGAGAGGCAGUUCUGCUUUGACGAGGAGACCACCGAGAAGAUGAACAGUACAUUCCCAGUCGGACGAUGGUUGCACAGGAAACGUGUGCGUCGGCGCUCCAGUGACAGUUACCUGUACACGGGGCGCGAGUCUCCCCAGGUUCGAAAACUGUCCACAAAUAUUCCGAUGACUGGGGACAACCCCCAGCAGGCAGAGGCAAACUUCAGCCCGUGGAUGGAGAGUUCGAGGAUCGAGAAAUGCGAGGACGACUUCAGUGGCUAUUUCUCAGAUUCUGGGUACCCUUGCCCCAAUGACCUGAGUUUCCUGCAAGUGGGCAGCAGCUUCAUCACUGGUGGGCUGUAUGGACAGAUCAGCAUGGCAGGGCAGAGGGAGGUGUGGGAAACUCCAGACACGGGAUCCUUCACUCCCACGUCUGCCCCCUCCCCGAUUUUCUCGGAUGCUUCAAAUCACAGUAGGUCAAGGUUCAGUUUUGCUCAUGGUAGUGAUGUGAGCAAGGACGACUCGACAGAUCUGCACUCUGUGCACAGUGAUAGCGAGCAGUUUGCAGACAGCGUAGUUCUCUCCAGUAUCUGCACAGAAUUCUACAAGCAGAAUGUAGGAGAGGAAGAUCCUUACAAGUAUGCAGAGUACGGUCCACAGAACAUCAGCGAGUCCUGUCCAGCCUUCCCCGUGGAAACUGUACAAGAUGAAGCCGCUGCUGCUCCCCAGUCCGCGGCUCCUGUGAGUAAACUGGAGUACCACAAGGGGGAAAGCUGCUUCACUGAGGUGAAACCUAAGCCCAAGGUAGAGGCAGAUGCUGUGCCAAAACAGUCCAAGUUGACUCAGCCGAAGCCGAACUCUUACGGCUCGUUUGAGGAUGAGGAAGACCUGUUUGUGUCGUCUCGCACGCACUUCAAACCGAUAACCUCACGCGAAACCUCCCCUGACGAGUGCUACCACUCGGACGGGACGGAAAUCCUGGAAGAGGAGGAGGACUUAGAAGAGGCGGUAGCUGUGGACAAUAUCUUCAGUACUCCACCAGAGACAGUGGAGGAGAUUGUGAUGGUACAAGGUGUGGAGGAGCCCCUAUUGGCAACUGUUGAGGAACCUCUGGUUGGAGACCUCUGUGAGGAUCUUCUGCCGCAGCUGAGGAAACUUUCCUUUGAGAAAUCCUCCCAGACGAGUGUGAAAGAUGUGGGAGGUGAGGAGGAGCUGGACGGCUCGGACUUCUCCCCCAUUCUGGAUGAGCUGGUACUGACCCAGGGGGAGAGGACGUCCCCUGACGGCAGGGAGUCCUUUGAUGAGGACAAGGAUGUCGGCACUGAGAAGGACCAGCUGCCACCACCUCCGCCUAACCUGUGGGAGAAUAUUCCCCUGAACACUGAGGAUACACCCCAGUCGAGCCAGGGGAUGCUGUCAGUAGAGAUCUCUGGUACAUGGAUGGCUGCAGCCAAGCCUUGGAGCACAGAGGUCGAUGACCCACAAGAGUUGGGAUCUCUGGAUCCUUUUGGAGAAGCCAUUGGAGGGCUGCUGCUGGAUGUGGCCUCACCUCACGCCACGUUUCCUUUUCCUGACAUCGACGCCUCGGAUGCCGAGGACGCCCUCCCCCUCCCGCUGCCUGUAGGCGAGGAACGAAGCACCCGUCUGUACGAGAGAGGAUGCUGCCAACAAGGAACCAUCUGAUGGAAGCUGCCAUCCUAUUGGUCUGACUGCAAUUGAACCUUUGCAUCGUUGGCCAAUCGGAUAAAGAGUCACAAAAUACCCGUGGAUGCUGGCUGGGUGAGAAGGUGAAUGAUGUUGAUAUGUGUGCAUCAACUCCAUUGGUGUGUGUUGUUGCAUAAAGUCAAUAACAUUAUGAUUCAUCACCAGCUAGGCCAACAGGAGAUAAGAUAGGGGAGCUGCGACAUUUUUCUGAUGGUGUUUCGCACCGAGCUUUAGAUCGUUUGUAAGUCGUAGGAUGUACAUUUGGUAACUAGAGGCAUAGCAGGUAUGGUAAGACUGAAAUAUGUACGUAUUACUCACUAGAUUUGUGCUCUCUCACAUAUGUUUGCAAGUAAGUAGCACACAAAGUUGUACCAAAUUUGUAAAAUGUCUGCAAGGGUAGAAACCAGUGCCUUCUAAAUUCUAACCAGACAACAGUUAAAGACUGCAUUUGACUGGAAGCUGUCACAGAGUCAUGAAUAUGGGGUUUUCAAAGGUAUGAACAAAUGCCUGAAACUAAAAGUUGUUAUUACAUAUUCCCUCAAUUUAGUAUUCUCUUCCUUUGCAGACAUUUUGCCCAAAAAGUGACGAGCUAAGUUUUAUGGUCACUCAUUGGAAGUAAGAAUCAAUACUGUCAAAUGUGACAGAAGAUGUACAUGUGUUAUUAUAAAAAGAUGAUUAAAAAUGUUGACAUUAAUGUAAGACGUAUUACAAGGGAUGAGGAUAGUCCUUUAGAUAUAUUUACCUGUUGGACCUGUAGCAAAAUAGCAGCUGCUAGGUUAGUAGUUUAGUAGUAGAGCUGCCAAAAAAAGAAAUCAGGGUGAAGGUUUGUUGGUUUUCAUGUGUGAGUGUCCUAUUACAGUACAUGUGAUAGUAUCUACACAAGUAUGUUGUAUCAGAAAAGAUGUAGAAGCAUUCUUUCCCAGUCUGCACUGAGGAAGGAAUGUCUCCAUGUGUAUAUAUGCUUACAACAAAAACAAACAUCAUAGCCUCUAGCUUCAUGAUGAUAUUGUUCAAGCUCCCGUACAUUUGUUUCGAAGGGUAUGCUUGGUAUGGAAGAAUGAAUGAGCCAGUUCAUUUAUAAGAAUAUCUAUUAAUACAGAAUAUAAACAACAAAUGAGUUGUAUGUAACUAUGGCCCCCAAAAUGUAACUUUGGAACACAAAGAUUAUUGUUUUGUGUACGCAUGUUACCAGCCUGUAAAUCUUCUAAGAAAUGUCAAAAGGAUGGAAUUGUCAGUUCCACAAGCUGUCAAAUCUUUUCAUGCUGUAUACCAUGAAAUUUCCUAAAUGGAAAGCAGAAUGUGGUAACAAAACUUGUACCAAUCAGUAUAACGCUUACCCUUGUGGCUCAGUUUAAUGAAGCAAGGUUUCCACUUGUGUGGAACCUACCAAGCUGCUACAGGCUUGAAGGGAUAAAAUGCCAGAAAAAUGUCACUACUUCAAGACAAAAUGUAUUCAGAGCACAGCUCCCUGGAUGGGUGAAAGUGUGAAUUGUGCUGGACUUCACGUGUUUUCAUGUGGCUGUGACAACUUAUUGUCAAUGUGCAAUAUGUGUUGAUAUAAUUCCUAUAUGCUAUUUAUUAUUAUUUAUUCAAAAUCACAGAUACUUUUGGAAUUCACAGAACACAUUUGUUUAAGAGGAAAUUUAGAUUGGCUAUGUGACCUUAUUACACAUGAAGUUUUGCCACAAGCAUUAAUGAGAAAGUGUGCAUCAUUAUAGUUUGUAUUGUUAAGAGCACAUUAGCAUGAAAUGUUUGAGACAACUGUGGUUGAUAAGAGUUAUAGUAUACAUACAUGUAGUUGCCUAUGUCAAUUUGGUAGUGUUGUAUAUGCUAUCUCAACACCAUAGCUGUUGAUUUGUCUCCGAAAAUUAUUCCCUUUAACAUGUCACUAAAAGCAAGAGUGAAAAUAUCCUAAGAAUAUGCAUUUGUAACUUCAUUCCUUGCUUGUGUGACACAUGUAAUUUGUGAUUAUUGUUGUGUAUGGGUGGACGCAAAUGCAAAUGUUACAGUAGUGGCCAUAGUACUAUUUCUUGCUGUAUACAAAUGCUCUCACAUUUGGCCCCACAGUAACUAGCGAAGCAAUGUACAGGACAUGUAUAAUGUUACUGUAUAUGUGAUGAUAAGUCGCUAACACAUUGUGGUAUGCAAUAUUUUCCCAUUCAAAAGUAGUGACAUCUACAGGGAAACUGCAUAUUGAUGUGUGAUACUGAUAUCAGUAACAAAUGUGAAGAGAGACCUCUGGGCCAAACAGUGUUUGUAUUCCUGUUUGGUGUUGGUAGAUGUUCCUGUUCUCUCUAGACUUUGAACAAGAACGUCUGUGGAUGGAUAUUAGCUCACUGCAUGAAAACUUCUCUAAGCUGCAAAAUGUCUGUGUUCAUAUAUAAGGCAAGUGUAAUGUUCACUAAUGAUUUCUGCAUGUGUAAGAUCUAGGCUCCAGAAGCCGGCUAGACAAGUAGACUAUUUAGACAUGUCUGACUUCCUUGGCAGACUGAUGAAGUCACUCUGUGGAUGCUUCUCUCCCAACCUGUUCAAAAUGACAGAAGUGAGAGAUGCGUGUAUUCAUGUGAUCUUGCUUCUGGAAGUAGUAGAGACAUGUAUUGUAAGCUAUGGAGAAUCUGCCCUCCCAUACUGCCAUGGUUUGUGCCACUCUACUGGUCAAUAAAGCAGACAGAACACA